UUCCCGUAAAGCCCAAAUCAUGUCUUUUCACCAAAUAAAGUUUCUCAGAAUCAAUCAAGCCCUCCAAUCCCCUGGCCAUGAACAACCAACAAGCUCCAACUAGGCUUUCACUCUCAAAAUAUCAAAAUGAAAGGUCUUUUUAAGGUCCCUACUUUUUAACUUUUCAUGUUCAAGUCUCCGCGACUGGUACCGCUGGUUGAGGUGAGCGCAUGCCCGUGCUUCAUAAUAAUCUGAUUUCAGUUUUCUUGAUUGUAUAAGCAAUUUUCUGCAACUGGGUCUUCUGGGUUUUUUUGAGAUGUAGCUUCUUUUUAAGAUUGGAGAUGGCUCUUAGCACACAGGAUUUUUGUCUUUGGGUGUUCUAUAAUUGCACUACUCCAGUAUUUUUCUUGUAACCAUAUUUACGGUCAGCUUACGCAUAUCUCGAUGACUAAUCCUUGGGCCUAAAAUUUGAAUAAUUGUAUUAUUUGGGCUGUCCGUCGAUUGUACAUCUGUGGGCAAAUGUUUCAAAUUCAGAAAAUUUGUUCAUAGCUUGAUGUUUGGGUCCAUUUUCCUAUUUCAGGUACGUCUUACCAGAUAUGGAUAUGAAUGUAUGAUACGCUGGUAGGUUAAGUUUCAAUUUUCUUAAACGGUUUUUGACCAUUUAAGUUCCAAACAUGGCCAUGGCUUCAACUGUGAAGGUGGUACUUGGUUCAAUUGCUUUUGCAAUCUUCUGGGUAUUGGCAGUUUUCCCAGCUGUUCCUUUCCUGCCCAUUGGAAGGACUGCUGGGUCUCUCUUAGGAGGUAUCCUCAUGGUAAUUUUUCGAGUUAUAACAUCAGAUCAAGCAUAUGCUGCCAUUGACCUUCCAAUUCUUGGCCUUCUCUUUGGUACAAUGGUUGUAAGUGUGUAUCUAGAAAGAGCAGACAUGUUUAAGUACUUGGGCAAAUUGCUUUCGUGGAAGAGCAUGGGAGCCAAAGAUUUACUUUGUCGAAUCUGCCUGAUUUCCGCCAUUUCCAGUGCUCUCUUUACUAAUGAUACGUCCUGUGUUGUUUUAACCGAAUUUGUGUUGAAAAUCGCGAGGCAACAUAAUCUCCCACCUCACCCCUUUCUAUUGGCCCUUGCCUCGAGUGCGAACAUUGGGUCUUCAGCAACCCCAAUUGGGAACCCUCAAAACCUGGUUAUAGCUGUUCAAAGUAAGAUUAGUUUUGGAGACUUUGUAAUCGGAAUUCUACCAGCAAUGCUAGUGGGAGUUUCUUUGAAUGCUGUAUUUCUACUAUGUAUGUAUUGGAAGUUGUUAUCAAUUCAGAAGGAUGAGGAAGAUGCAGCCAUGGAAGUGGUUCCUGAGGACGAUGUGGUUUCCCAUCGCUUUUCACCAGCAACAUUGUCACAUUUGACGUCCUUAAAUUCACAAGAAUGGAGCUCUACAUUGGAAUCCAUGACUAUCCGCAGCCCUCCAAAUGUCAAUGGGAAUACUGCUAAUGUUGAUACUCUUAGGAACCGAGUAAGUGCUAGUGAGAAUGAAAUCCACAAGGCCUCUAGCGGGGAAAUUGAGUCUGCAAGGGGAUCAAAUGCAUCUAAGGAGGUUUCAAAUGAUGGAUUCUCACAAGGAGGGGACAAACCUGACGUGAAAGAGAGAUGGAAGAUAAUACUCUGGAAGACUUGUGUUUACCUUGUGACUAUUGGGAUGCUUAUUUCCUUGCUUAUGGGUCUGAAUAUGUCAUGGACUGCUAUUACUGCUGCACUUGCUCUUGUGGUUCUUGACUUUAAGGAUGCUAGGCCAUCCUUGGAAAAGGUAUCUUAUUCCCUUUUGAUCUUCUUUUGCGGAAUGUUUAUCACUGUUGAGGGAUUUAACAAAACUGGAAUUCCUAGUACUUUGUGGGAACUUGUGGAACCAUAUGCACAGAUUGAUCACAUUGUUGGGAUAGUAGUUCUUGCUGCUGUCAUACUUGUUCUCUCGAAUGUGGCUUCAAACGUACCAACUGUUCUAUUGCUUGGAGCACGGAUUGCAGCAUCCGCAGCUGCAAUAUCCCCAGCAGACGAGAAGAAAGCAUGGCUUAUAUUGGCUUGGGUCAGCACAGUAGCCGGGAACCUCUCUCUAUUGGGAUCGGCUGCUAACUUGAUAGUAUGCGAGCAGGCUCGUCGAGCUCCAAUCUUCGGAUACAACUUAUCUUUCUGGAACCAUCUUAAAUUUGGAGUGCCCUCUACUCUUAUAGUCACUGCCAUUGGUUUGGCACUCAUAAGAUAGUGAUUACUGAAUUCUGAAGCAGUGUAUAUCAGGUGAAUAAAUUUUACACAUGAGAUCACUGAUGCCUUUGUUUUUUGACAUUCAGAGAUUUUGAAGGAAAGAGGUUUGAAGAGUACCAUUUUUUUUAUCCAGAAA